CUUAUCAGACCUUUUUUUACCUUUUGCAACAUUUAAAUUAUUUAAUAUAUUUAUUUAUUAACUACCUAUCUAAAAUGUUUACGAAUUCAUAAUUAAAUAUAAUCAAGUAUUAAUAUAUACUUCAGUUUUAAACACAGUUUUUUCAAUAGGUAGGUAAUAAUUUAAUUUUGAGUAUUUAUAAAUAUGAAAGGCUAUAAGAUUACUAAUUGUGCACAAGAUAAAAGAAUUGGUGUUGUCGGUAAUUCAAGGGAAGAAGUUUUUACUAAAGGGUGCCAGAAAUUAAAGUUAGAUGCUGUAAAUGUGACUAUGAUGACACUUGAUGGUACAGUGAUAGAUGAUGAAGAAUAUUUUCAAUUGUUACCAGCACAGACAUUAUUUAUAUUUCGGUUAAACGGGGAAACUUUUGAAACAGGGGCUGAUUUAGUAUAUAAUGUGCUUGCAGCUGUAAAUAAUGAUACAUUAAAAACUUCAAUUAAAAUAAAAUCAUUUAUGGAUGAAAACAUUAAAGAAAAAAUAAGAAUAUUAUCUUCAGUUCUGGAUAUAGAUCAUAAUAAACAAAUCAAUUUAACAUCUUGCAGUCUAAGAUCAAAAGACCCAGAAUGGUUUCAAGAUUUGGACACAAGGGCAAAAACAAAAGAAGAAUUCAUGUUCAAGCGUUGCCAAGAACGAAUUCGGAGUUAUAUGUACAAAACAAAAACGGAUAUGAUUAAGUCAGAUUUUUACAUACAACAUAAAAAGUGCAGGCAGUACUUGGAUGAAGUAUAUAAACAAUUCAGUGAACUUUUAACAAAAAACAAAUAUCAUGGAUAUUAUUUUGAUAGAUCAAAUCCAAACUGUUUAUGUGACAAGACUGGGACGUUUACUUGCGAAGGAGCAUGGAAUCAAUCUAUUUGUUCUUAUGAACGUGGUACUGGUCACAAAAUCAAUCCAUACCAAAACAGAGAAUGUAGAAUUAUAUUUUCUACUUGGAAUUUGGACCAUUGGGUAGAGAGAUCUAGAUCUGUAAUACCAGCAUUGUUUGAAGCCAGUGUAAUGGCAUCUGAAGUUGGCUGUUCGAUUAAUAUGAACUAUUUUUAUGAUUUGCUCUUCACUACAGUUAAUCUAAAACUUGUGCAUAUUGUAUGUCAUGACAAAGGUCAACAUAUCAGUGCUAAAUGUGAUCCAAACUUGUAUUUAAAAAAUAAACAGACAAUUAAUAACUAUGUCAAUAACCAUUUAAAGAGUGAUUUUUUUGGAAACAAAAAAAUAUCAAAUAUCAAUUAAUAACCAACAAUAAUUAUAUAUUAUUAUAUGAAAUCUAAAAUAAUGGGAUUCAAUAUUCAUUGAAGAUCAAACCUAAAUCAGGGCAUUUGACUAUUGAAAAAUCAAAUUGGCUCUUCAAGAGGUUUUAGUUAAUCUUUAAUUUUUCAUCCUAUGAUAGUGUCAUAUUUUUUUAUACGGAUUAUUUUUAAUAAAUAGUUGAUAAGUAAUAUUUUCUUCCUUAUAUUUUUUAUGUAAUUUUCUACUUUUUUAAGUUUUUAUAUGUAAUAUAAUUUAAAUCUAUUUUUAAUUAAA